UUGCUAGCAGCCAGUGUAGAUGCUCAGGCUUUUCACAACAAUAACACCAACAAAAUUUGCAUCUCCGCGUAGCUGAUUUGAGGAUUCUACUCUCCGAGCAUUGUCGGGGACCGUGCAUAGGAGCGCGCCACGCCGAAUGCCCGUCUGCAUUUCUUUUCGCUACGCCUUCUGUUGACAAUGGGAGCGGAGGGGUUUGCAAAAUUUACAAGGCUCCUUAUUGCCGGAGCAGAAACAAGAAUCAUGGCCGGCCAGCUAGGCCGCAGAUGGGUUUCGUAGCCAGCAGCAGCAGUCUGUUCGUGUUAAAAUACCGCAUGCAGGCUUCGCAUUAGCACAACGCGUUGCUAAGUAGCCGGCGUUUGAAACACUCAGCUAUUGUUGAUAUUUUGGACUCUUUUUGGGGCGCGAACAGCACAAGCUAGUGAGCCCGCUAGCUUCACAACCUUGACUGGCUGGCGUUUUGCCUUCGUAGUUAGCUCCUCUUAGCCAGCUAAACCUUAGCUAGCAUCGCUCGGCCAACCCUCCGCUGGCCAAAAGCAUUCGGGAAAAGCGAACCGACCGUGGGAUCGACUCUCGCCGCCGUGGGCCCCAGUGGGAAAUUGUAUCGUCAACCGCCUUUGUAGCGACUGCUGCUGGAUGAAUGUGGGACAAAAUGGAGACCCCGACGAUUGUGUACGAUUUGGAUACCUCCGGGGGCUUAAUGGAGCAAAUCCAAACACUGCUGGCGCCCCCGAAGUCCGAGGAGGUCGAGAAGAGGAGCCGGAAGUUGGUGAGAGACGUCCGACGGAGCGGCAGGGCCACCAACCACGACACCUGCGACAGCUGCCGGGAGGGGGGGGACUUGCUGUGCUGCGACCACUGCCCCGCAGCCUUCCACCUCCAGUGCUGUAACCCGCCUCUAAGUGAAGAAAUGCUUCCCCCGGGGGAAUGGAUGUGUCAUCGCUGCAAUGUCAGGAAAAAGAAGCGAGAGCAGAAGUCAGAUCAGACCAACGGCUUGCCAGAUAGGUCCUCGACUAAGCGUGCUGCUUCCCCUGCUGUGGAGCUGGAGCUCAAUGCUGGCCCACUGCGGCUCGAUGGCCUGCCUCCAGGGGCCGGAGCGGCGGGACCCGGUUUGCGUGUGGCCCAGGUGCGCCUCUUGGACCGCAGGACGAACAGCCGACCAAGCAGCCGGCCCGGCACGCCCACCUCCAACACUUCGUCCACCCCGACCCCCUCCGAGGAGCAGAAUGACGGGGAGGAGGAGCCAGCAGAACCCGAGGACGAAGUUCAGGGUGCAGAGCUUGACGGUGCUAUAGUAUCCACUCCGACACCACGCCUCCUCAAGAGGCCCUUCCAGCUGCUGAUAGCAGCUGCUAUGGAGAGAAACCCCACACAGUUCCAGCUGCCCAGUGAACUCACCUGCACCACUGCACUGCCAGGCAGCAGUAAACGAAGGAGAAAAGAGGAGCUACUAGGGAAGCCAUUCAGGAGGCCUCAGCACGAACUGGAUUCUAACGGUUUGGUUCCUCUACCAGUCAGAGUCUGCUUUUCAUGCAACAGGAGUUGCAGGAUGGCCCCCCUCAUCCAGUGUGAUUAUUGUCCCCUUCUGUUCCACAUGGACUGUCUGGACCCACCACUCACAGCUUUACCUGCUGGCAAAUGGAUGUGUCCAAACCACGUUGAGCACUUAGUGCUGAAUCAGAAGAGCCUGAGCCUGUCCAGCCGCUGUCAGCUCUUCGACCAGUUCCAGGACAGGAUGUCCCAACAUGCUGUUAAGUUGGACUUUCUACGCAGAGUCCAUCGUCACAACUCACCCAACCGGCGCACCAGCCACCAGCACAACAGGAAGACCAUCAAGGUGCCAGAUGCCAUUAAGUCCCAAUACCAGAAUCCUCCCCCCAUGCUGCUUCCUGCAGGAGUGCACCAGUUGGAGCUGGUUUGCAGCGGCAUUCCCAGCCAUCAGCCCCCAAAGCACCUCACCACUGAGGUUGAACAGCAGGAGUGGCUUCAGGAUGUCAUCGCCCUCCAGUGCAGCAUCAUGCGACAUCUGUCCAUCAAGCAGAAGACUCUGUCCGCAGCGUCCACCACGUCAGCAGUAACAUCGUCAGCAGAAACGGAGUCUGAGCAGAAAGUGGGCACUAAAUCAUGUGUAAGGUCAGAGGACAUGAAGACUCAGGCCUCGUUAGGAAGGACUUCUUCCCCCGACCUCUGCUCUAAAUCCUGCAGUACACCCGACGACCCGCAGGGGGCCUCUCUCUCAAGGGACACACCAACAGAGCUGGCUGUUUGUAAAUGCAGCUUGACAUCAUGUCAGAACUGUAGGAAACCCAAUGGACCUCUUGUAGAGGAAAGUCGGCCUCCCAAGGCCAACGGGCCCGUAGACUGUAACAGCUCCUCAGCCCCCUGCAGGCCGGCGGAGCUGCAGUGUAAAAUGAAGCCCAGUGCGCCACCCGCGGACUCGGCUCCUAUGUCUGGCCUGGUGAACCACAUCGGUGCAGAAACGGUUAAAAAGGAGCCUGAAAGCACCACGGAGGCCUGUGCUCAGAAAACCCGCCCCACUGCCCCGACGAUAUGGCCCCACGGCGGUCAGCAGAACCACAGGAACCAGAUGGUGCUCCAGGAGGAGUGUAUGACCAGCAACGAAAAACCCUCCCACUCCCUCACCAGCAGUGCCCGCUCAGACACACCACCUAAAGGCAAUCAGGGGCACGACUCAACCAAGCUGGAAUCAUCGUCGCCUACUCCAGACGUGAAGGUUGGACCCGGAGCGGACUCACUGCUCCCCAGCACUGUCCCCUCCAUCACAGAGCUGUCGAGCUGCAUGAAAGAUGGAAAGGAAGAUGAAGGAGGGAUCAUGCUGGACAGACUGGAUGCAGAGAUGAUCAAGCUUUUGGCCUGGCAGAGGAUCCAGCAGCUAUUCCCUCCGAAAGCGCCCAGCACUCCUCUCCAGCCAGCGACCAGCAAUGCCCCCAAAACCCUGCCCCACCUCCCCGACAGUCAGAAAAAGGUGCAGGCCCGAGCUGUCUUCUACCCUCUGACAGGGAAAGGAGGAGCUGUCAGCAUGUGCUAUAGGACAUUAUACAUAGGAUCUGGCGCUGACAUGGAUGUGUGCCUUACAAACUAUGGUCAUUGCAACUUCAUAUCGGGGAAGCACGCCUGUAUUUUCUACGAUGAGAAUACCAAGCAUUAUGAGCUGCUCAACUACAGUGAGCAUGGCACCACGGUGGACAAUGUCCUCUACUCGUGUGACUUCUCUGAGAAGGUCUCACCAUCUGCACCCAGCGGUCUGGUGGCCAAAGUCCAAGGCAUCAUCCGUCGCAGUAAGAAGCGCGAGGAGGGCGAGGGUCCGAGCUCUGUGGUGGGUCUUCUGCCUGCGGGUGGCGUGAUGAGCAGCCAGUCCCAAGGCGGCUCCGAGCAGCCCUGCACCUGCAAGGCGAGCAGCUCCAGCCUGAUUGGAGGCAGCGGUGCGGGGUGGGAGGGCACGGCCCUGCUCCACCACGGGAGCUACAUUAAACUGGGCUGCCUGCAGUUUGUCUUCAGCAUCACAGAGUUUGCCAGUAAACAGCCCAAAGAGGAGCCGACCGUCACAUCUGCCACCGGAUGCGCUGGCACCAGCAGCAGCAACAGUGCAGCUGGCGCAAAUACAAACAACGCCCCCAACUCCACCUCUACACCACCACUGCCCAGCACUGCCACAGUGAGCAGCCCCUCCAGCCAGGACGAGACAGACACUGAGACUGUCCCUCCCCACCAAGUGCCAGUAAUGCACUUGAACUCUGUUCCAUAACCCGCACAGGAAGUCCUGCCCUCCCUCCUUUUUGUUUUGCACCUCCGAGUCACAAUGAAGGGAAAGCUGCACAGCUGGUUGGUCAAAGGGGAAAAGUUUUUUCUUUCUUUUCUUUUUAAUGGUUUAUUCUUUGCAUGAACUUGAAGUAUUAUUGACAAUCUCUUGUUUCAGAAUGACUGACGGCAACUCUCUGUUCACUUCAGACCAUUAGGAGUUUGAGCAACAUUAUUUACCUUUGCUCAAUUUUUCUUUUGCCAGUAUAUUAGUUAUGUAUGGUGUAACAUUACUCUGUCAGUCAUCCCAUUUAGCACAACCCGUUAUUUUGUAGUAUUGAAUUCCAUACAUUCUAAUUUCUUUUGCUGCUUUUGCACCACAGGUAGCUAUAUAUGUAUGAAAACAUACAUGCUUAUACACUAUGAUAUGUAUAUAUAAUGUAAAUAUAUAUAAUUCAGUGCCUCUCAAUUGGAGAGUCAUUGGAUUUCAUGUAGAUUUACCAUUUUUUGGUUUUUAACUGUACAGUUCAUGGAAUUUGUGAUACUGUGUAGAGUACCAGAAGUUUUGUGAUAAAACUCGUUCCUAGUCUGUAUUUUCCGCUGUAGUCCGUCUGUAAAUACCACAUUGUUUUAGCACUCAUUUUAACAUCAUGUGCUGCUCUGUAUAUAAGCACUCUUUGUCUGUAUGUGCUUGUCUGUAAACCUGUAAAUACAGAAAGAUUUUCUAAGAACAAACUCAA